GCUAGCUCCCCCCUUUCAUUGUCUUUCGGUGGUGUUGGUGAAUAUCGGGAAUCAACUGUCUUUCUGUUCAAGCUCACCUUGUAUUCUUGAUCAUCACUCAGCAUGAGAGGAUUCUCCAAAGCCCGUGUUCUGGCUCAACAGGCUCAAAAUGCAGCACAGCGACGCAACCUUUCAAUUCAUGAAUACCAAUCUGUCAAGUUGUUGAAUGAUUACGGGAUCCCGACACCCAAGGCCGUCCCUGCAAAGUCGGCGGAAGAGGCUGAACAAGUCGCCAAGGACUUUGGAAAAGACAAACUGGUCAUCAAAGCUCAGGUUCUCGCCGGAGGUCGUGGGAAAGGACACUUUGAGAAUGGAUUCAAGGGAGGAGUGCAUAUGGUGGACUCCCCCGCUCAAGCCAAAGAAUACGCCUCAAAGAUGCUAGGUCAAAAACUCAUCACGAAGCAGACUGGAGCCGCUGGACGGAUCUGUAAUACAGUCAUGUUGGCUGAACGUAUGCCUCCUCAAAAAGAAUACUACGCUGCUAUCCUGAACGAUCGAGCGCGUGGAUGUCCUGUCCUCGUCACUUCGAAUCAAGGAGGCAUGAACAUUGAAGAUGUUGCGAAAGAAACGCCAGAUGCCAUCAUCACGACCUCGUUGGACUUUGAUACGGGAAUCUCAGCCUCUGAUGCUGAAAACUUGGCCAAACAAUUGGGAUUCAAAGAGGAAGCGAGGGCAAACGCUGCGAAAGUCUUUGGAGAUCUAUAUACCAUCUUUAAAGAGAAGGAUGCGACUCAGAUUGAGAUCAACCCUUUGGCCGAGAUGGAGGACGGAAGAGUUUUAUGCAUGGAUGCCAAAUUUGGGUUCGAUGACAAUGCAGACUUUAGACAAAAAGACGUUUUCAGCCUCCGUGAUACCACUCAAGAGGACGCUCAAGAGGUCGAGGCCGCCGAGUACGGACUCAACUUUAUCAAGCUUGAUGGUGAUAUCGGAUGCUUAGUCAACGGUGCUGGACUGGCCAUGGCCACGAUGGAUACUUUGAACCUGCACGGAGGCCAACCUGCAAACUUUUUGGACGUGGGAGGAGGUGCCACGGCCGAAGCUGUCAAGAAGGCUUUCGAGCUCCUAUUGACAUCUAAGAACGUAAAGAGUAUCUUUGUCAACAUUUUCGGAGGUAUCAUGCGAUGCGAUGUGAUCGCUGAAGGAAUCAUCAAAGCGACCAAAGAGCUGCAAUUGACAAUUCCCUUGAUUGUUCGUUUGCAAGGAACCAAGGAGAAGGAGGCAAAGCAGAUGAUCAAAGAGUCUGGACUCAAGAUUUAUCCAUUUGAUGGGUUGGACGAGGCUGCUGCCAAAGCCGUGGAGAUGGCAAAAUCAGGUUAAAGGAAAAAUGUAAGAGCCGGGAACAAGGGGGGGCGGUGUGUGUGUGUGUGUGUGUGUGUGUGUGUGUGUGUGUGUGUGUGUGUGUGUGUGUGUGUGUGUGUG